UAACAGUAAGGAAUUGUAGGUAGGUAAAAAUAUUGUAUCGUCGGUACCGCGCGCGCUGCGCCGGGCGCCCGGCCUUGCGAUCAGCUGGUCAUAAAUAGUGUUAUUGUUGUUGUUAACUUUGAAAACAAGACAUAAUGUCUAGCCAUAAUAACAUGCCGCCAGAUAAAAAUACCAACCCAUUUGAAAGAAGGGACGGCAUACCUCGUUCCCCGCCAACUUCAACCGGCAAACGUUUGCUGUCCCAACUAUCGCCUUCAUCCGUGUCACCAGUCGAAAAACGUCACCAACCCAUAAGGGACGAACCGCAGUCCCCGGUAAUUUCAUUAUUAGACACUAGCAGCGCAGUCGAUGAUUCGUUUAAUUACUGCGAGUUAGUCCGUGAAGCGUCCUCCUACUUGGGAAAAAUUAACGAAUUCGCUAACGACACUGUCUCGAGGCGCAAUAACUUUGCCAAUAAAUCCGAUAUAAUGAACUUAACACAAAAACUGACAACCAUAGUUUCUCUUCUUGCCAUUAAAAACUCGUCACUUGAAACCAAAGUCGCGAAUUUGGAGCGAGAUUUACUAUCCGUUAAACUUAAUCAGGUCGUGAAACCGGCCCCCGCGGCGACUCCGGUCUCUUAUUCCGAGGCCCUCAAACUGAAACUCGCGAAAUCGGUUCCCCCCGUCGAGACACGUAAACCACUCCCAUGUGUUAUAGCCUACCCCACGCAAGAAAAAUCGGCGGAAUUAAAAUCGGCAACUGAGACCAAGCAGGCUUUGAUGAAGGUCAUAAACCCGGCCGACGGUUUUCAAUUUCACGGCGUUAAGAAAACAGCUAAUUCGGGCGUGCUUCUGCGCCUCACGAGCGAGUCGCAAGUUAAAAAAUUAAAGUCAGUCGAAGCGCUAAAAUCUGCCGGCCUCCGUCUCGAGACACCCAAGGGGCGUAGCCCGCGCAUCCUCAUCAAAGAUGUUCCACAACACAUUACAGACGAUAAUUUUCUAUUAUCCCUGUACAACCAAAACGUAAACGGCGAAAUUAAUGUGACACAAGAUCAAUUCAUGAGUUCGACAAAAAUAGUAAGACGUCGUAUUUUAAACAAAGAAUACAAUAACCGUAAAUGGAUAGGUAUCGAACUAGACCCUAAAGUGCGUCAACACCUCAUCGAAACAAAAGAAAAACUUUUUAUCGACUGGGCGAUGUGUCGCUUUGUAGAUGACGUCGAACUCGUGCGCUGCGCUAACUGUCAACAGUAUGGGCACACCGCUAAAUUCUGUCGUGACACAAAGCCAUGCUGUAAACAUUGCGCUGAAGGUCAUAGCUCGGAUAGCUGCCCAAAAAAAGAUAAAGACGACUUUAAGCCGGUUUGCGGUAGUUGUUUGCGAUAUAAAAAACCGACCGACCACCCCACAGGCUCCCCAGAUUGUCCUACGUAUAAGUCUAAAAUGGAGCAACUUAUUUUAACGACUCGGUAUGGAUAGUUUAAAUAUAGGACAUUAGAAAAGUUGGUUUCCGAUUACAAU